CUAUUAUAAUCACUUGACUUACUACAUAUCUAUCUACCAACAACUCUUGUCUCUUCUAUCAAUCAUGCGUAUAUAAUCGUAACAUUAGUCGUGGAGAAGCCAUGAAUACCCUCCUUGUUCUCCAUAGUUACAAUUUUUCUGUAGUACAAAAGAAUAAAAUAAAAAAGAAAGGAAGGAUGGUGGUGUGGGAAGGGUACGCGAGGGACGAGACGAUGGGGAUAAUAGCGCCGAUAGCCGUAUAUUGGGUGUACGCAGGAGUAUACCAACUAAUGGGUGGGAUGAUGGAGAAGUACAGUCUCCACUCCCUCCACGAACACCUCCAUAAGAACGUCCCUUCCCUACCCUCCGUCGUCCGCGGUGUCCUCCUCCAACAGCUUGUCCAAGCCUCCAUCUCCUACUUCGGCUUUCUUCUGACAUCAUCCACCGCCCAAGAAACGGGGCAACCGCCGAUCACGAUUCAGAUGAUGCAAAUGUUGGUAGCAAUGUUUGUGUUCGACACGUGUCAGUACUUCGUGCACAGGUACAUGCACCACAACAAGUUCCUAUACCAAAACGUGCACUCUCAGCACCACCGGCUCGUCGUCCCCUACGCCGUGGGAGCUCUCUAUAACCACCCCGUGGAGGCCUUCUUCGACACUCUCGGCGGAGCCGCUGCUUUCUUUGCCUCCGGUAUGACUCCUCGCACUGCCGUCUGGUUCUUCUGCUUGAUCACCCUCAAGACCGUCGACGACCAUUGCGGCCUCUGGCUCCCUGGGAAUGUCUUCCACUUGCUCUUCAAUAAUAACGGAGCUUAUCACGACGUUCACCACCAGCUUAGCGGCGUUAAGUUCAACUACUCGCAGCCUUUUUUCUCCUUCUGGGACAGAGUUUUAGGCACUUACAUGCCCUACUACCUCCUCAAGCGUCCCGAAGGUGGGUUCGAGGUCAGGAUGAUGAAGCAACAACACUCUUGAUCUCUUCCCCGUAUUUUAGAGAGGUAUAUUUGUAAUUCACGAGAGAUGCGUCGUGUAGAGGAAGGAAGCCCACCACGUCCUUGUCUAUUUUUAAAAUCUUUUAACACGAUUGCAAUUUCUUAAUAUGGUUUUACCAAAAAAAAAAAACUGUUUAAUAUAGAUACGCUUGACUCAUGGGAAUAAAAGCACUAUUGCAGUGUUGGAAUUUAAGAGUGCGAUUUA